AUGAGAACAAGUUAUUCAAAUGCAGCAGUUCAUCGUAGAAUUGCUGAUGCUUCAAUACUCGGAAUGAAAUUUUCUGGAUUUUGGAAUUUUUCAAAUAACCCAAAUACAAUUGAAAAAUUAUUUAAUUUAAUUUAUAAGCUCAUGAUGAAAUUAAUUAUUUAUACUUUUGCAACAACACUUGUUGCUGAUUUAAUAUCAAACACAGAUGAUCUUAAAAUAUUUAUUGAUGAUGGAUGUUUUUUUGCUGGUAUUUUUGUUAUAAUAUUUAAAUUAACAACAUUUGGAAUUUAUGAAAAUAAUAUCAAUGAAUUAAUUGAGAAAAUUUUUAAACCAAUUGAUUAUCUUAAAAAUCUCAAUGAUAAAGAUGUGACAACUUUAAUAAAUGAAAAUAUUUUUUUUGAACGUUGUACUGCAUAUGGCUUCGCAAGUCUUGCAGUAUGUUUACUAAUAACAAUGAUUUUUUUUGGCAAUCAUAAAGACGGUGAAUUGCCAAUAAGAGCAAAAUAUCCCUUUAAUUCAACUGAGGGAAUAAAUUAUACUACUGCAUUUACAAUUCAAGCCACUGGUGUUACAAUGGGACUAGCUGGAAUAAUGGCCAUGGACACAAUUGUCCUUGGUUUAUGUAGAUGGACAAAAUUUCAAUUUGAUGUACUCUAUUCAAAUUUUCAACACUGUGGAGAUGAUAUUGCUAAUUCAAAAAAACAGCAACAAAAAAAAUUAAUUAAUAAUGAUAAAACUGGACAUAAUAAUUCUGAGAUAUUUAAAAAUUUUGUUGCUUUUAAUUCAAAUGAAAAUCAUCAUCUAGGUUUUAGUGAAAGAUUUAAAAUUUGUAUUAAAAAUCAUCAAAGACUUAUUGGAAUUAUUGAAAGUGUUAAUAAUUUAUUUGGCUUAAAUAUGUUUGUACAAAUUUGUGGAAGUUCAUUUAUCAUUUGUUUUGCUGGUUAUCAAGCUUUGUUGGGAUCAAAUGGCAUGGGGGAUUUGAUGAAAUUUUCUUGCUAUUGUGGUACUGGUUUUUCUCAGCUAUUUAUCUGGAGUUAUUUUGGCAACAAUUUACUGUGUCAAGGUGAUUUAUUGUCAGACGGUCAAUGGUUUUCCGGAUGGGAAAAACAAAAUUCUCGUGAUUUAAAAAAUUUAUUAACUAUACCAAUGAUUCGAACGAGAAAACCUCUUGAACUUAAAGCUAUGAAUUUUUUUACUAUGUCAAUAGAAACUUUUAUGAUGAUUUUACGUGCUUCUUAUUCAAUUUUUACUCUUUUACGAACAAUGGAAAUGAAAUAAUGAAUAAAAAUAAA